UAUAUAUAAGUGGGUCAGCGCGGAGCUCGCUUAUUCGCGAGUCCGCGGCGUCCUCUAGUGACUUCUUGCUGUCGCUGCUGUACCGUCCCUUCGCUGCCAUGUCCGAGACGGCACCCGCCGCUCCCGCCGCCCCGGCCCCUGCAGAGAAGACCCCGGCCAAGAAGAAGGGCAAGAGGGCUUCGGCCGCCGGGGGAGCGCGGCGCAAGGCCGCGGGUCCGCCGGUGUCGGAGCUGAUCACGAAAGCCGUGAGCGCCUCCAAGGAGCGCAAUGGCGUGUCCCUGGCAGCCCUGAAGAAGGCGCUGGCGGCCGCAGGCUACGACGUGGACAAGAACAACAGCCGCAUCAAGCUGGGGCUCAAAAGCCUGGUGAGCAAGGGCACCCUGGUGCAGACUAAGGGCACCGGCGCCUCGGGCUCCUUCAAGCUGAACAAGAAGGCCCCGACGGCCGACACGAAGGCUAAGGCCAAGAAGCCGGCGUCGGCCAAGACCAAGAAGGCCGCCGGCGCUUCCAAGAAGCCCAAGAAGGCGACGGGGGCCGCGGGCGCCAAGAAGAGCGUGAAGAAGAGCCCGAAGAAAGCCAAGAAGCCGGCGGCCGCCAAGAAAGCGGCCAAGAGCCCGAAGAAGGCCAAGGCGGCCAAGCCCAAGAAGGUGGCUAAGAGCCCGGCUAAACCCAAGGCGGCCAAGGCCAAGAAGGUGACCAAGCCUAAAGCGGCUAAGCCUAAAGCCGCCAAAAGCAAGAAGGCAGCAGCCAAGAAGUAGAGCUCGAGCCCUCGAAACUUGACACACCCAAAGGCUCUUUUCAGAGCCACCCACUCACCUCAGAAAAAGAGCUGAGCCUACUACUACACACAAGUCCCCUAUAGGAAAAUUAGUUACCACCAAGGCACUAUCUAUAGAGCACUAUAGUGUUUCUAAAUGGCCAUGUCUGACGGCAUACUCAAAUAAAUAAAAACACCCCCCCUCCACUUCCCGACAAAGGAACCGUUUUAAAAGAGAGGGUCAGUUGCUGGUCCUCCAUGCCUAGAGGAUGGGGGCUGGGAGGUUGUUGGAAGGAGGAACAUCAGGGGGGGAAGAAGGGAAAGGAAGUUAGUUAUUGCUCCUCCAAGUCCGUAGUCCCAUUAGCCAUACUUAUUCGGGAAGGGGAAUGGGCUCGGGGCGUCCCCCCGCCCUACU